AUGCCCCAAGUUAGCAGUUCUGACAUGGAGCAAGGAGCUUCUUCGAUGCUCGAUAAUCCGCAUGCAUCAGCGUCGACUGCGGGACUAGUCAACAGCCCUAGUAUUCACAUCCGCCAUUUGUACGUAUACAACUUUAGCCCGGAACCAAGUCCGUUGCAGAAGUCUGCGUUCCAGUUUCGUUCCCCAGCUGCGAGUAGCGGACCAUUUUGCCGGAUCUGUCAUGAGGGAGAUGCUAAGGAGGAUUUGAUCUCGCCCUGUAGAUGUACCGGAUCUCUUGGUCUUGUUCAUUUAACUUGCAUGGAAAGAUGGCUGAGUACAAGAUGCAAUACGAGUGACAAAUGUGAGAUUUGCAACUAUAACUUUGCUACUAUUCGUUCACCCAAGUCUCUCGUUGAAUGGCUUCGCAGCGAUGAGCAGCAGCAUCGACAAUGUAUAGCUGGAGACGUUACGUGCUUCGUUCUUUUGACUGUAUUGGCCUCAGUAGGUAGUUUCCUGUGCGUGGAGGGCGCAAAACGACAGAUCAUUUUCGGCAACAGCUUGGAAGCGGGAUGUCUUAUGGCCCUGGCUACUUUCUUCGUCACCAUUUACUGUAUCUGGAAUGGGUUCACUUUCAGAUAUCACUUGAGAAAUUUUUACAAAUGGCGAUCUCAGAAUCAAAAUGUGAAGAUAAUAAGAGUCCAAAAAGUCUCGACUACGAACGAUCAAGGUUCAUCAGAGAGCGUCACCAUUCCAGUGUUCGAGCCCAAUGCAGCCCAGGAUUCAACAAGUGUCUCAGUUGACUCCCAAUACCCUGAUCUUCAUCCCGGUCUUUCUGGAAGAAGAAUGUUUUGA